CAUCCUAUUUAUCUUCUUAUUUAAUCUUUAAACCGCUGAGUAACUUUAACGAGAUUCAAGAGAUGUCCCACGGUAAUAAAUGAAUCGUUCGAAUGUAAAACUGUGUGGAACAUAAAAAGUCAUCACGCUUCAUAUAGAAGUUUAGAGACUUGUUUCAUUUUUAAGUAGCGCCCUGCCACCACAUCUCCAAAUGCAAAACGAAAACAAAGUUUAAUCAAAUGUAACUCUGCUCUGCCUCAACUACUUAACUGCGAAGCAAAGCGAAGUGUGUGUGCGCGUCACGCGUCCCGAGGUCGGCGCGUGUAUAAAACGCACAGAUCACACGGCACCGAUAACACAACACAGGAGGUGACACGUCGUCCGCAGUCAUUCGUCUUCAUCUCUUCGAGUGCUACAUCACAGGUCUGAAGGAACAGCGCUAUGAAGCUCGGCGUGGCUACAUGUCUACUGCUGGUGUCUGUAAUGUGCAGCCUGUUUGAAAAAGGUGAAAUGGCCAGCAGCACCAACAGCACCAACACCACCACCUGGACCACCACAACUAUCGCAGGGGCCGCCGGUGGUGGCGCCGCCGGUGGAGGCGCCGCCGGUGGUGGCGCUGCCGGUGGUGGCGCCGCCGGUAGUGGCAUCACCACCGCUAGUGCCGUCGUCGCCACCACCGCCAAGUCAGGCGGGGCUCGGUCCAUCAGCUUCCCUUUCUCAGGUGGAAACCUUCUGCUCCUUUUGACCACGUCGGCCAUCUUCUCCAUGGCGUUGCUGCUGAAUUAACGGACAGAACGCUGCUUCCUUCCACACGGGCGGUUAACGAAUACCGCAAACCUUCAGAUCACCUAAUAGGAAUCUAAUAAGCGAGUAGAUUGGGUUGAUGGAAUCCUUGUUAGCUUCUUUCUAAUUGACAACAUAAUCCAAUGUAUAUUAUAUAUGUGUGUAUGUAAAUAUAAAUAUAAACAGCUUCAAUUUUUUCUGUAAAAGCAACUAGUUCCAUUCCUUGUGCUUGUACGGACGUAUCUUUCUCUGUUUCAGUUUAACUAACACAAUGAAUUAAUAGUGUCAUAACCUGUGACCGUGUCGACGCUGUAGUCGUGCCGUCGUCUCAAAGCAAGACCGACGAUCCGUCUUUUCUGCUGGACGGACGCAGAAGCUGUAAAUAACCAAAGAGAGACGACCUGCAGCGCACUGGCACAUCUAAAAGCCUACUGAGAGACACGAUGUAAACUGAUGUAGAUGGUUUUAUGGGUGAUGAUUAAAUAUUCUCUGUAAAAUGA